ACUCGUAAGGUCCAAAGAAAUUUGAGAAGGGAAUUGGAAGUCACAGAACGGCGUGGGAAACCUGCAACGCCGCUGCAGAUCACUUUAUCUACAUAUUUAUUAGUGCCUACGGCGUUAGAUAUAGCUCAACGUUGAACGUUCAGGCUACGACUUGGUACUUGAACAUAAAUCACGUUCAAUUAAGCAGUACCUUUCUAAACAUCCUCAGGCUAUUCAAGUUUCCCUUGCCAUCUUUCUCGUCUUCAUGCUGGAUUCAAAUCACCUGGCAAACUCCCCAAGGAUGGGGUCGAAUUUAAUCCUACGUGUACUGCGCGCGCUCUCAGACUAUAUGUCGCGGUUAUUGCCAGUGCCAGCGAUGUCUGCUCUUGAGUCACAAGCACACAAAGAUUUCAUCGACAUUCAAAAGCUUGAGGAUCAAGAAAUAGCGGAACGUUAUAAGAUUUCCCCUCAUAUUGAAGGUGCCGCUCGGAUGGGCAGCUUGGUAGCGCCCAUACGUAUGAUUACACCUCAUAUCGUCGCAAAGAAAGGGAUUGACAAGUCGAUAUGGGAACCUCAAACAAUGAAGCUCGUCCGUUCCCAGACCGCCAUUCCUGUCCCGGAUGUUUUGCGCGUGGCCAAACAUAAAGGCGUUGUUUACCUUCUUAUGGAGCACAUUCCAGGAAGAACCUUGGAAGAAUGCUGGAGUGAAAUAAGCAUAUGGCGGAAGAUUUGGGUAGCUUGGAAAUUGCGCUCGUACAUUCGCCAACUUCGUCGCAUCCGUAUACCUCAAAUUGAUGCUCGGGUUCCCGGUCCCCUAAUGGAAGAUCUCUCACAUCCCCGACAAUGUACGAAUCCCAUUUUCGGCGAGUUUGAAGUAGGACCAUUCCCUUCAUUCUCAGAUCUGAUACAGUGGUUCAACGAUCGACUCCUGGUCGCCCUCCGCUUUGAUCCUAUUCCUAACUGGGAAAAUCAACCGUUGAAAGUCUUAGGACCACUUGUGUUAACUCAUGGUGACCUCGUCCCCCGCAACAUCAUCCUUGGCGAGGAUGGUCGUUUGUGGAUCAUUGACUGGGGAUCCUCGGGCGUUUAUCCUAUGUGGUUCGAAUAUGCAACUAUGAUGCGCAGUGCGAACAGACCAUAUAACGGACUCAAGAAGGCUCCUCUAUCUUGGUUCAGGACGAUCCGCUUCGCUGCAGGUACAUACGAUACCGAGUAUAGAUUCACUGAGCGAAUCGCCUUUGCUGUGACUACCUUUGCAUUUAUACCUGUUUCUGAGGCUCUGAGUUAAGCAGGGACUCCUUUGUUAUUCAACGACUCUACUGUUCAGAUCUCACCAAUAUCUAGAGAGCUUCGUUGCAGUAUGAAUAACCGAUUUGAGUGACAACUCGAUCAUUACACGCGUGGGAAAUUUAUGUAGAUACGACGGUGAAUCUUG